GAAACAUUUCUUUCUUCUUUCCAGAUUGGAUCUUCUCGUCUUUGUCUCGUUCUUGCAUUUUUUUCUCAACCUGACAUCAAUCGUUUCCCCGUUUUGUUCACAGGACCAGAAACUCCCAUCAUGAACUCCAGCUGUGUGAACUACGACGCGCUGCAGAAGCCGCUGGCGGUGCUCUACUCCGUCAUCUUCGUCCCGGGGCUGGCCGGGAACCUGGUGGCUCUGUGGGUCUUCGUCCGCCUCCACUCCAAGAAGAACUCGGUGCGGGUGUUCCUCAUCAACCUGGCCGUGGCCGACCUGCUGCUGCUGGUGUGUCUGCCCUUCAGGAUCCUCUACCACAGCCGGGGCAACGUCUGGACUCUGGACCCCACCCUGUGCAGAGUGGUGGGCCUGGUCUUCUACAUGAACAUGUACAUCAGCGUGACUCUGCUGGGGCUGAUCAGCGUGGACCGCUACCUGAAGAUCCACCGGGGAGCGCGGGCGCAGCACAGGCUGCAGGCCACCAGGUGGAGCGUCGCUCUCUGCGCCGCCGUCUGGAUCGUAGCCUUCACUCUGACCUUUGCGCUCAUGCUGUCCAAAUCUGGACAGAAUCGGGACUCAACACUGGACAGGUGUUUCCAUUACAAGGAGUUCCAUGGCGAACAAUGGAAAGCCUACAUCAACAUCUUCGCCGUGGUCAUCUUCUGGCUGGUCUACAUCUCUUUAAUCGUGUCUUAUGGAAAGAUUGCUCUCAAACUCCUGAGGACCUCGCAGGCUAAACCCGACCUGCCCAACGCCCCCCACUACACCCGGACGGCCAAGAAGUCCUUCUUCAUCCUCUUCCUCUUCACCGUCUGCUUCGUCCCCUACCACCUGGUCCGGGCCUUCUACAUAAAAACCCAGAUCACGGAGACGCCCUGUUUCUGGAUCGGCGUGGCGGACAGGGCCAACGAGCUGGCGCUGCUGCUGUCCACCAUGAACAGCUGCCUGGAUCCCGUCAUGUACUUCCUGCUGUCGUCGUCGGUGAGGAAGGAGGUGCAGCGCCUGCUGAGCGGCGUGCGCUUCGUGCGGGACGUCCCGGGGAUCAGCGGCAGCAGCUCCAUGGCCGACGUGGACGGACGGAGCGGGAGGACCGACAGAGGACAGCCGACCGACGCCCAGACCGACACCGGGGAGAAACUGUGCGUCAGUCCAGUGUGACAGCGAGCUCUGAGGCCGGGAGGCGUUUUCCAGGGAAACAUGGCGAUCACGAGCAGUCUGGAGGCCAGGGGAGCGGCGCUGUGUCCGUGUGAUGCUCUGAUUGGAGAGGAGAGGGUCCGAGGCCCCGUUUCCGUUUUUACGUUUCGGGAGUGUUUCACGUUUAUACGGCAAUGUUUUGGAAAAACGGUGAACUGCAGAAAUGCUCCUGAAUGGCUCCUGAUAUGUGCCGUGCACGUGACAUUAAGCUGACAUACGAACAAGAUCGUUGAAGCAAAGGAAAGUAAAUUUUCUUCCAAAAGGAUCAAUAAAGUUUGCUUUCCGAUGAUCACGUUUCUCACAUCUUCAUUUACAAUAAAGACAGUUUUAAGAACGUCAGCCGGUGUGGCGUCUGUGCAUCACCUGUUCAACUCCUGCAGCCCCUGGUUUGACUUGAGGUCAAGAGACUUUGGAGCUAAUUCUGCCAACAUUGAGCGAAAGCUGACAGCUCUAACCACUGCUCCACCGUGCCACAUCUUGAGGGUUUUCAUUCUAGAACUGCCAGAAACGCGCUCGUGUUCGUCCAUGUGGGAAACAUCUCGAAGCAGCCGAAUCUGCUCAUGAACUCAGGUCUGAACCCGGCAUGAAGCCACGAAGCCCCUGCAAACUUUUAUUUAUU